AUGCCUGAGCUACCCGAGCCGAAUCCCGAGGCCAGACUUGCUCCCAUCUCCAAGCAUUUGUUCUCUGAAGCUGCCCUCAUGGCUCGCACAAAGCAAACGGCCCGCAAAUCCACCGGCGGCAAGGCGCCGCGCAAGCAACUGGCCACGAAGGCCGCAAGGAAGUCGGCGCCCGCCACGGGCGGCGUGAAGAAGCCUCACCGGUACCGCCCGGGCACGGUGGCGCUGCGCGAGAUCCGCAAGUACCAGAAGUCGACGGAGCUACUCAUCCGCAAGCUGCCCUUCCAGCGCCUGGUGCGCGAAAUCGCGCAGGACUUCAAGACGGACCUGCGCUUCCAGAGCUCCGCCGUGAUGGCGCUGCAGGAGGCGGCGGAGGCGUACCUCGUGGGGCUCUUCGAGGACACGAACCUCUGCGCUAUUCACGCCAAGCGCGUCACCAUCAUGCCCAAGGACAUCCAGCUCGCCAGACGAAUCCGCGGCGAACGCGCUUAG